GCAGUUUGUGCAGGACACGCAGGUGUGUGGUAGUGGGAGUGAUGCCGGGAAACAUGGGAAACUCCUCUCACAUUCCCAAGACUGAUAAGGUCUCAAUCGCUGCAUGGCCGGUCUGGGCUCAUAGUGACAAUGAUCCUGCAACGGUGGCUGCUGAUUUCAGCUCUGGAAUGCAUUUUUUUCUGCAUCUCCAGCCAGUCUUUCCCUCGGAAGAGGCAUUGUGCCUUCCAAGUAUCUCUCCAGAACAACAAAUACACAGCUGCUGGCAAUGUGAGUGGCUCGGUGCAGCUUUGUGAGAACACCCAGUGCUGUGUUGGCUAUUUUCUGAUAGAAGAAGGCCAGCCAAAAGUCGACCUUCUUGCUUGCGAUGUAGCUGAAAAGUCAUGCCCAGAUGAAACCUGCAAGGCUCAAACCCGCUUCAAAGGUCGCCUAAUUAAGUGCGUGUGUAACAUGGACCUUUGCAACAGCAACAUCACUUGGACCCCAGAAUCAGAGGAGCCUCAACCCACCUACUCUUAUUCUUCUGAUGAAAUAUUGAAAAAUGCUGGAAUAAUUCUGGUGGGAAUUCUGCUGGUCCUGUGUUUCAUGAUUGUUGCUGCCAAACGGAGAGGCUUAUUAAAAGCGAAAAAGGAGAGCCCACCAUCUUUUGAUGAUUAUAGUUUCACAAGAUUGUGUUCCUGCCAAACAACAAAAACCUCUGAGCUCGACAUUUCUGACAUUGAACUACAGCAGGUUGUGAGCCAUGGGCAUUUUGCAACUGUGUGGAAGGGGGGAUACCAGGGAUCUGUGGUGGCAGUGAAAGUUUUCCCUGCAGGUUGGAAAGAUAAGUGGAGUGCAGAGAAGGAAGUUUAUGAGCUACCACUGAUGAGGCAUGCUGGGAUUGUGCCCUUCCUGGGCAGUGGGAGGAAACCAGAAGGAGGCAGCUGGCUGAUGGUCCUGGAAUUUUCUGAAUAUGGUUCUCUCAACUCCUUUCUAUGCAAACACACCACCAACUGGAUGUUGUCUCUGAAUUUGUGCCAGUCUUUAUCACAGGGACUUUCCUAUCUCCAUUCUGACCUUCACAGACACGAUGUGCACAAACCUCCCAUUGCCCACAGAGACUUGAGCAGCUUCAAUGUGCUUGUAAGAGCAGAUGGGACCUGUGUGCUAUGUGAUUUUGGAUGUGCUACCAUCCUGCGUUCUUGUUCAGGACAACACCUUUCACAGAGCCAUGAAACAAAAAUGGAAAGUCAUGCUCAGUUGGGGACGCUGCGCUACAUGGCUCCUGAGAUCCUGGAGGGCUCUGUAAACCUCAGCAACACUUGGUGCCUUCUGCAGGGGGACAUCUAUGCUCUGGGACUGCUGCUGUGGGAGAUCUGGAUGCGCUGCUCGGAUUUAUUUGAAGGCAGUGCUUUUCCACAGCAUCUCUUACCGUAUGAAUCUGAGCUGGGGGUCAAAGUUUCUCUAGAAAGCCUAAUUCUGCAUGUGUGUUACAUGGACAAGAGACCCUCCAUACCUGAACACUGGCAACUGCUACCACAGGGGUCUGUGCUGCCGGAGCUCCUUGCAGAGUGUUGGGACUGUGACCCAGAUGCCCGUCUGACUGCUCAGUGUGUUGCAGAGCGAUUAGAUCGACUAGCCUCAAUUCAGUCUAGUUUCUAUUAAUGAUUUUUUUCCCCUUAGGUUGACUUAUUGUAAUCAGCGUAUUAGCAUUUGCACUUCUCUCUUUGAGUCACUAAUUUUAAACUUUCUAUACUAUCUUCAUCAGAUAGAUGAGUAACCCCUUGGCUAUUACAUUUUUUUUUGCUCUCUAUCUGAAACUGAAAAAUGGGGUAAUACAUUGCUUUUAUAUAGAAAAUUAAAAUGUUAUCAAUAAAAGGUUUGUAUUGUUUGCUUCAUUUUAUUUAACUUCUUAUAUCUGAUUUUAAGUAGUUUGUUUUUAAUAAUAAUCCCUCAAAAAUUUCAGGUAAACUUAUAUUAAUAGGCCUCCUUCACAACAAUCAUAUGAAAAGCUAAAACAAGUCACAUUCAACAGCUCCAAUAAACCAUGCCAGCAGACCUGUGUGUACAACAAGCUUAUUCCUCUUAAAAUAUUUUUACAUCAUAAAAAAAAAAAAGAAAAAAAAAAGAGUUUCAGGCUCCUGUGAUGUUAAAUAUGACUCACUGUUACUGGAACACCUGAAUAAAACAAAUGUAUUGUUGUUAGUACUGACGCCUAUGCCUGCCUCACUAUCACAAGCCAGAAUGACUGAUGUGAAAGAUUUGUGGUACUUAAAAAAUAAACUACUCAUUUAUUGAUUGGUUUGGUUAUUCAGGUCAUACUUUGUUUUGAUCAUUAUUUUUACUUAAAAAGAAUAAAAGCUUAAUACACUC